CAUAUAUUUUUUGUUAUAUGUGCAUACAGAAACAAUUGAAAUUCACAUUCAGAGUGUUAUCAAAAUUAUUAUUGCAAGUAUACUAAGCUAUAUUGUAAUGACCGCAUAAUUCUUAAUAUGUAGUAAAGUGUGAAAGGGUUACGGGACUUGGUCUGGAUAGGCAACGAUUGUGAAGACAUAGAUCGAUCUAUGUAAUCGAGAAAGAUUGGUGCUUCAUUUAAGAGGUUGUAAUAUUAUAAAACGUCAUGAAUAUACAACAAAGCACAGAACUGGUCAUUUUCGUUACUCAUGUUGAGCCAGAGGAUUCAUUCCUUAAAAUCUGGGGCCAAGUUGAUAGAAAUGCUGGAACAUGCGUAGAACGUAUGAUUCUGCCUCUGGUCGAACAAUUUGCACGAAGUCAUGGUUGUAUUGGAUCAAGAGCUGGCUGCUUACGUAUAAAUGCACUUUGUUGUGCUAGAUUUCAAAAUGAAGGAUAUUACAGAGCAAAAGUAAUUAAUAUAAAUCCAGAUAAUACGGUAGUUUUACAGUUCGUCGAUUAUGGUAAUAUUGAGGUAUUACCACCUCAAGAAAUUCAUUUGCUUGAAAAUAUAACUGGUUCCGAGUCUCUAAGGUCUGCUCCACCUGCGGCAUUUGAAUUUAUAUUAAUGCACGUAUUACCGAUGAAUGGUAUCUGGGAUAAUGAAAUAAUUGAACUGAUCAAGAAAACAUUGUGUUACAAUGAAUAUAAAAUUUCAAUCCAAGCUAUAAUUAAUAAUCGUCGCUUCAUUAAACUUUGCUUUAAUAAUGAGGAUUUCAGUGAAAUAUUAAUCAAAAAACACAUGGCAAUAGGAACUACGUUACAAGAAAUGUUUAGGCCAUUAAAAUGUAUAAGAGAACCACAAGUGCCACUGGUAUAUCAGCAGUCAGACAAAUGCUUUAUAAGUAACAAUCGUGCUUCAAUGAUACCUGUGCAGAAUGUAAAUCCAUUUCAUUGUGGUGGAAAUGAUAUGCAUGGAUACCAAUCGAAUGUUCCUUUAUGUUGCACAGCUCAACAGAAAUACAUGAUGCAGUCAUCUGUGCAAGAAGCUCUUGUGUUUAAAUCACGUGUUUUAGAUGUACCAUCCAGACAUGAAGUACAUGUAUCUUCCGUAGAAGAUGGUCCACAUAAAUUCUCUGUACAACUUGAAAGUACAUCACAAAUAUUAAGCUCACUCAUGAGAGAUAUUAAUAGGCAUUCUAUAGAACCAUUGCAAGAACCUCCUUUACCUGGAUCAGUUUGUUUGGGCCGAUAUACGAAAACUAAAGUAUUAUACAGAGCUGUUGUAAUGUCUGUAAUGGAAAAUAAGUGCAAACUUUACUAUGUUGAUUUUGGUCAUACAGAGGUAUUACCAUACACAGAUAUUUUCCAACUGCCAUCUCAUUUUAUUAAUCCCAAAGUGCUUUCCAUUCGUUUUACACUCAGCGGUGUCCACGAGUUAAAUGUCACGGAAGAAAUGAAAGAAUACUUCAAGCAAAUUGUAUCGGAUAAACUGCUUGUUUUGCAUGUUUGCUCGCCGGAAGGGCCACCUUUGGUUCAGUACGGAGAUUUAUAUGAUAACGGGAAGAACAUAAAAAUUAUUCUUAGACAAGCAUUUCCAACACCGACAGUACUACCUAUAUCUUUUGGAUAUCAAGAAGCAAGGAAAUUAUCGAAAGAUGCCGAAGAAAUUGUACAUGUUUCAUUUGUGGAAUCUUGCAGAAAAUUUUUUGUACAAUUACAUAGCAAUGUGGGAUCUCUGGAAUCUGUAAUGGACUGUCUAGCAGAAUUUUGUCAAUCUGCGCCACCCAUAUUGAAUUUAACGAAAAUAAAAAUUGGUCUUCCUUGUGCCGCUUUAUAUGAUAAUCAAUGGUACCGAGCACAAAUUCUUGGUGUAAAUGCAAAUAACGUAAGGGUAUUAUAUGUCGAUUAUGGUAAUGAAGAAACUGUUACCGUAACUUCUCUUCGUUUGAUGCACGACGACUUAAUAAAACGAUUGGAAGCUCAAGCUAUAAAAUGUAUUUUAAACGAUUGGGAGCUUUUUCCAUGUACUCAAGAAGUCUAUAAUAAGUUUGAGUCAUUGACCUUGGAGAAACGUUUGCUCUUAAGAGUAAUAGACGUAAAGCCAGAUGGUUUAGUUGUAGAUUUAUAUGAACCUAAGACAAUGGAAAGCAUUAAGUCUCAAAUGUUACAUAUAAUUGAGGAUGAGAGGAAGUCGGUAACUGAACCAAACUAUCAAAGUAUGGAAAAGCAAAGUACUCCUAACAUAAGCCCGAAAAGUAAUCAAAGCGAGGAUAUAGAUAGUUGGCAUAACAAGAAUAAAAUAGACUCGUGGAAUGAAGCACAGAAUACCACCACUGUUCAGGAAAAGCAUAAAUCUAAAUCUUGGAAAGAUAAAUCUAACGAAGAAAAUCUAUACGAAAGGAGUAAUUUUCAUCGCACUGAUUCUAGAAAUGAAAGAUCUAACAAUAAGGAUGAUUUCUCUAAUACCAGAAAUGUAAAGGAUAAAUGGAGUAAUAGAAAUGAUUACAAUGAUUCUCUUAAAAGUGGCAAAGGUGGAAGUAGAGGUGGUAGAAGUAGUCGAAAUAAAACUUCAGGACAUGGUGCAAAAAGUCAUUCUUCCGAUAAAAGCUGGAGCGACAAAGAUUCGGACACAUCGUCUAGAAGCAGUGGCAGACGCGGAAGAGCUAGUACAACGCGCGGUAGUUAUUCAAAACGUGACGGAUUUCCUGGAAAAACACAAAAUAGUAGAUUCAGUGAUAGGGACAAUGAUUUUAACACCAAAACCGGGAAAACAAACAGUGACCCAUAUCAUGGAAAUAACAAAUCUAAAGAUCGAAAGGGACAGGGAUACAGGUUAACACAGUACAAGGUAACCACCGCAAAUACAAACAAUAUGGAAGAAGAACGUCGAUACAGUCCCAUACGAAGUAGAAACGAUUUUCGUAUUCCAGCUCCUAACAUAGUCAUUGGAUCUACAAAGAAUUGUGAAGUAGUUUUCACAAAUAAUCCAUCUGACUUUUUUGUUCACUUAAGUUGCGAUUAUACUGCAUUAGAUACUAUAAUGGAGACUAUUGCGUCGAUCUAUGAAAAUGGUGGAGAAUUAAUAAGAGAAUCCAAAAUAUUUAACGGUUCAUACUGCAUUGCUCAAUAUUCAGAAGAUUCAAGAUGGUACAGAGCUAUAGUUAAAUCUAUCGAAGGAACUGUUGCAACUGUUCAAUUUCUAGAUUAUGGAAAUACAGAAACAGUUGGUUUUGAUAAAAUCAAAGUAAUCCAAAAGGAGUUUCUAAAACUUCCAGUACAAGCUGUACACUGUAAAUUAUUUGGUAUAAAAAACAUCACUUUUAACGACAUUCAAAUAAAAGCUUUUGAAGAAAAGGUAAACGAAAAAAUGUUGGAAGCCGAAUUUGUUACCGAAGAAAAUGGUAUAUAUAGCGUCAUGAUACGCGAAGUAGUUGAUGGUCGUCCAAACAAUGCUUUCAUAAAUGAAGAAUUUUGUGAAGGAGUGAAUUUAUUGCAAGCAAAGGAGGCUGCAAUACAUCACAGUGAAACAAGUACAAAUGUAAAACAACCAAUUGAACCUGAUUAUGCACCUUUGGAUGCUGUCUGGUCAACAGUUUCCCAUACACCAGGGACUAGGAAGGAUGUGAUUGUUACAUGGUUUACAAAUUCUAAUAAUUUCUAUUGUCAAGCACUGGACAAUGAAAAUGAAUUUAAGGCCAUGAUGAAUAAAAUUCAAAGAAUAUAUAUUGGGAAAGAAUCAGUGUCAGAUACGUUGAAGAUUGGAUCACCUGUGAUAGCAACAUUCUCUGAGGAUAAAGCUCUUUAUCGUGCAGAAAUUGUAGGGUUAGGCAAAUACAACAAUCUUAUUCAUUACAUAGAUUUUGGCAACAAUGCUACGGUUGAUUUCGAAAAUAUUUAUCCUGUAGAAAAAGAGUUUAUGCAUCUGCCUAAGCAAGCAUUUCAAUGUUCUUUAUUAAAUAUUAUUCCAAAAGAUGGACUCGGUUGGUCUAAUGUAGAUACCAAAGCAAUCGAUAAUUGUUUUAAUGGUGACAAGUAUACAUGCACUUUCCAUGGUAUUGAGGAAAAUAAGUACUUAAUUUCGUUAGAUAAUAAUGGAAACGAUGUUGCUAAUAUGUUGGUAGAGAAAAACCUUGCAGCAUUUGCCUCAGAAGCUAAAUCCGAUGAUAUUGCUGAUGGUAGCAAGACGAUAGCACCUUCAAUCUCGAGUGAGAUUGAACGAGUGGAUAUAAAUCUUUUAAGUGGUCAGACGCUUAGAGUAAAAGUAUCAAGUGUGGAAAGUGUGACUAAAUUUUAUGUUCAACUUCCUUUUGCCACUGCAUGUGAAAAUUUGGUAAAUACGUACAUGGCUGACAAAAAUCCGAAGGUGAUGCAACGAUUAUCAGCCCAUGAGAUAUGCCUAGGCACAGGUUGUUUGGUUUAUUCGAAUGGAGUUUGGAGGCGAGCUGUAAUCUGUAACCAUUCACAAUCUGCAGGCUUUGAUGUAAAAUUCAUUGAUACUGGAGCUUACGAUGAAAUUCUCUCAGACUGCAUGUUAGCAUUGCCUGGAGACCUCUCAGUUAUGCAAAAUCAGGCGGUAGAAUGUUCUCUUAUGAACGUUACAUCGUCACCCGAAGCAGAUGCAUCAUUAAAAGAAUCUGUUGAAGGAAAGGAAGUAAUCAUGUAUAUCGAUCAAGUUGACAAUAACAGACUUGUUGUAAAGUUGUUUAGUACUGUGGGUGAUAAAAUUAAUAUUUCUGAAGAUAUUAAUGAAAAAAUAUCACCGAUAUGCCCAAUGCCUAUUUUAAGUUCUACUCAUAAAGUGCUAGUAUCGUACGCAGAUCAUUCUGCCAGCAUAUGGUUACAACGUAAUGUAGAUUAUGCUUUGGACAAAAAUUUAAUGGAAGCGAUGGACAAAUAUUAUGCCGAGACUGGUGAAUCGGUGGAACCUGAAGUAGAUUUAUUGUGUGCUGCAAAAAGUGCCGAUGGUCAUUGGUAUCGUGCCAAAGUCAUAAAUUGUACAGAAACCAAAGUUUUUGUGAACUACAUUGAUUACGGCAACAACGAAGAAGUUACUCAUGACGUAAUAAUGACUUUGCUUCCAAGCUUUCAUGUACCGUAUCAAUUAUCUAUCAAUGUGUCGUUACCAAUAACUCUUAGAGGCACGAUAUCUGAACAAGUAGAAAUACUACAAGAAUAUUUGUCGAAUAAAGAAUUUACAGCAGUUUUUCAUAACGUAAAUAAAAAAUGGACAGUAGAACUGCUACAUAAUGGAGAGAAAAUUAGUGAAAAAUUAGGAGCUCUUAAUGUAUUUUCACAACAGGAGGUGUCCGAAACAAUUGAUGUUCAUAACAUGGAAAUAGGUCGUAAAUACGAUGUACGUGUAUCGCAUGUAGAUUCUCCAAGUCAGUUCUGGCUUCAGUCUAUACAAGACAGUACAAACCUUUCGAAGAAACAAUUUGAGCUUCAAACACAGGCCCCUACAUUCGCAGAAGUAGAUGGUGUACUAGAAGUAGGAAGUUUGUGCGUCGCGAUGUAUACCAUCACUAAUGUAUGGUAUAGAGCUGAGGUACUCGAUGCGGAUGAGGAUAUAACAACCGUGCGGUUCGUCGACUAUGGAAAUACCGAUGUUAUCGACAAUAACUCCGGAAAUAUUCGGCAAAUUCCAGAUUCUUGGAAAGAAAAUAAGGAGUAUGUGGUUAAAUGCAGACUAGAUGUAAUUCCUACAGAUUCAGAAGAUUGGAAUGCUACAACAUGCAAGAGAUUCGAAAAUUUAGUAUCGUCCGUUGAAUUGUUACAAGCACUGGUAAUUGCCAAUGGUAUUCCCAAACGAGUAGAUUUGUUGGUAGACGGUCAAAGUGUUAGCGACACAUUAGUAAAAGAAGAUCUUGCUGUAAUGAUUCACACCGAAGAAGAUUUGAUAGAUGAGAUUGUUGAUCUCGAAUUGGAUCCUCACUCUGCUUUUGUAAGUCACAUUAACUCUCCGAGUGAAUUUUGGGUGCAAGAAGAAAAGUCUGUUAGCGAUUUAGAAGUUAUGACUGACAGAUUCAUCGUGGCGCAUAUGUUUCCUAAAGUUGAUAAAAUUGAGAAAGAUAUGUUGUGCGUUGCCAAGUAUCCGGAAGACGAUUGCUGGUAUAGAGCACGCGUUAUAUCACACAAUGAAAAUGCAAUGCAAGUUCUGUACAUUGACUAUGGAAAUUCAGCUAUCUCUACCGAGAUACGUGCUAUACCCGAUGAUCUAACGAACGUGCCACCAUUAUCAAGAAAGUGCCGUUUAGUUAUGCCUGAAGGAGUCACAGAAUGGUCGCAAGAGGCUUGCGAAGAAUUUGUAAAAUUGGCUGCUGAUGGAGCAACAAUAUUUUUAUUAGAUGUAGUAAAUGAUGAUCAUGACGACAAUGACACAUCCUUGGUCAAAUUGACAUUAAUUCACGAAAAUGUAACGGAUCUACUUGCGAAAUUUUGUCAACAUUAUCCACCUAUCAUAGAGGAACGAUUACCACCUUUGGGCGAGGAAAAUUCACCGAAUGUAUUUGUUACUCGUGUUAAUUCAUUGGAUGAAUUCUAUGUUCGAACUGAAAGCAGUACCGCUGAUUUGAACAUAAUGUUAGACAGAAUGCGAACGGCUUACGAUUUUCUCCCAUUAAACACGAUCAAAGACAACAUAAUCUGUGCUGCGAAAUUCCCAGAUGACGGUGAAUGGUAUAGAGCUAAGAUUCUCUCACAUUCUGGAGAUUCUAUCACUGUCCGAUACAUUGAUAACGGUAAUACCGCGGUUACAAAUGAAGUAAGAAUGCUGCCUGCAGAUAUAGUAAAUAUACCUGCUUUGUCGAAAUGUUGUGCUCUAAGUAAACCAAAAACUAUAAAUUCUUGGCCUCUGGAAGCCCAUAAAAUGUUCGAAGAACUUUCAAACGAAGGCAAAACAAUAUUCCAAUUAGAAAUACUCGAUGACUCGUGUGAUCCAAUUAACGUUAAAUUGAGUCUCAAUGGGAAAAACGUUAUCGAUAUCUUAGUCUCAUCUUCUGGAAAUACAACGUCUUAUAAUAAGACAUUGCGAAACUACGAAGAAAAUGAAACGUUGGAAAAAUAUACAGUGGAUACAACUUCGUAUACAAGCGAGGAACGAGUUGAAGAUACAGAGAAACAGGACACAGCCAAUUUGUCUUCAAAUUCCUCCGUGGAACUCACUGUAGAUGAAAUAAUUCAAAAUAUGGAAAGAAACGUUACAGAUGAAGCAGAGGAAGAAGCGGAAUCUUUUAAUACCGAGCCACUCGAAGAAACUAAUAUCAAAACAAUAACAAAAACAUUCGAGAAAUUGGAAACGCAAGAUCGAUCCAAUUCAUACAAUAGUAGUUCUGAAAGAUCAGGAAUUGGUACGAGUUUCAUAGAAGUAAGUCAAAAUAAUGAUCGAGGCAAUUGUAAAGAUAAUGAGCAAACAGUAAAUAAUCUAGAAGAAUUUCAACCAAUUGUCAAAGAAAAUGUUGCAUCGAUUGCAAUGAAUACAAUUAUCUUAAAAACUGACGACGAUGCCAACGAUAUUCAGAAAGAACAAGAUAUUGUGGAAGAUGAUGACAACAACAUCCAAAAAGGAAAAGGCACAGUAGGAGAUGAUAGCUACAAUAUUGAGAAAGAAAAGGACGUUGUAGAACAUGAUGACAACGAUAUUCAAAAACAAAAGAAUAUUGUAAAAGAUGAGGCUAACAAUAUUCAAAAAGAAAAAGAUAUUGUAGAAAUUAAUGUUAACGAUAAUCAGGAAAAAAUACGCAAUACCGAAACCAAUGUUGUUAUCGAUUUCCAAAGAAAAGGAGACAAUAUAAUAAACACGGAUCCAGGAGACUGUAAUAGCAAAAUAGUAACCUGCAAACGUACUAUAAUUAGCAAUGAAAGUAUUUCGACUAAUAUUUUGUUAAAUGAUUUAGAACAACUGUCCCCCGUUGUUGAUACUGAAAAAGUUACAGAAGGUAAAAUCGAAGAGAGUAAAAAACAAGACAUUGAAAAAAUGACCAUAGGUGUAACAGAUACUAAAGACGAUUCGGAAAGAAAAAUUGCAGAGUCAAAAUCUGAAGAGAAUUCAAAUUAUGAAUGCAAGAUGUAAAUUCAUUAACUGAAGCAGCAGUCCCUAGAGAUAUUAUUGAAAUUAUCGAUGUUAAGAUCAUUUUCAAGUUGAAUGAUAUCUCUAAAACAUAUGAAUGAUUAUAUGCAAAGAGACUGACUUUGUAUUUAAACAUAUAUGUAGAAAACCGUCGCCAAAUAUUCAUUUUAAAUUAAUGUGCAUCGUUUAAUUUUUCAGACAGCUAUAUUUUAUUUUCAGUGAAUUUUCUAUACAAUAUUUUUGUUCAAAAUGUUCAAAACCAUGCUAUAAAUCCAUAGGAAAUAAUAUUCUAUCGCGCUUCCUUUGGAAAAGAAAUUUUAAUGGAGAAGAACAUUCCCAAAAAUUUACACUGCUUUAAAAGCCUAAAAAAAAUGUUAAAGUGUAAAUCAUCUUGUUUAUUUUUGUUAUUUUUAUGUUUCUAUUACUUUAAGAAUACUAGUGUGUAUUAUUUAAUUCUGUAUUAUACUAAACGAAAGAAGAGAACGCUCUGUUUUUAGUAACAUAAUAAGUCUGUUAGCAAUAAAUCAGUAAAUUAUACUACGAAACUAAUAAACUCGAAUUGCGAUUCGAAUUUGCAACGAAAACUAGAUGUUUUGAUAUAAUUUUACGAACACGUUACUCUCUUGGUAAAGUUUGAUAUAUUUCAUUUAAAAUUCCACAAAUACCGCCUAUAGGGAACAACUUCUUUAUUUGUGUUCAUGUGUUUUGCAAUUGAUAAUAUACAUAAUACUUUAUUGAUUGAUGAUACAUUUUUUGAAGACAUCUACUAUAAUAAAUCUGCAUACGUACACAUAAGUUACUCAUCGAUAAGAAUGUUGACGCUUUUUCUAAAGCUGCGGUAACAAAAGAAAGCUGUGUAGAAAACAGAGUAAUUAUUUAAAAUGAAGACUAGGGUUUCCAAUUAAUUAAGUAAUCACGUUUAAACAACUGCAAACAUUAUCUAGAUUAUAAUUAUGAAUGGGCUUACUAAUUGUUUGUGCUACAAACAAGUGUAUAAACACUAAUUUAAUUGCUUACUUCAUUUUGUUAAAAUUUACUAAAGCAUCAAAAUGCAGGUCUUAAGAAUUACUAGACAGUAAUGUUCACAGUAUUGCGUUCUUUAAUAAGUAUAUUAGAUCGUGUAAACACUUUUAUUAAAAUAAAUUAUAUUUUCUAAUACAAA